ACAGAGAGCGAGAGCUGCUCGUGUGCGAGGAAGCGAUGGCGAAGGCCGAGUUUUGAUUUCCGAAACCCUUCCUCGUCUUCUCACUGAUCCAUCCAACCUCCACCACACCAUACGACGCGUCCUCUGCUCGUGCUCAACGAAAACGCUCGAUCCAUCUCCGCUGCCUUAAGAAUCAGAAGAGAUGGAGGCAGAGGAGGCGAGAGAUUUGGGAGAUUAUGACACUGUGAUGUUUAGAACUCUAAGCGGAGCGGGAUCCAGCUUUUUGGCAGGGACCAUCAUUGGGGCUAUUCAUGCGACAUGGUCGGAUGUGCCUGCUGUGGAGAAGAACGUUGCUUGGCCAGCUCUCCAGAAAACAGGACGUCUUAUGGGAUCGUACGGCAUCCUUUUCGGUGCUAUUGGGGCAACAUUUACGAUGGUUGAUGCAGUUUCGGAAUCUAUCAGAGGCAAAAAGGACUUUGUCAAUGGUGUUUUUGGAGGUUUUGCUGCGGGUUCCAUCCUCGGUUUUCGAGCUGGAAGAAUACCCGUGGGAUUAGGAGCAGGAGCUGCUAUGGCAGCUGUUUCUGCUUUCAUGGAUGCAGGUGGUCAAAGAACACGUGCUCCAACGGGCAGGGAGUACUUGCCUUAUCCUAGGGAGAACCGUGAUUACUGAACACCAGUACAUAUACUAAUGGUGAAUCAUUCACAAUUCAUUGCUUUGCCUUGGAAAUUGCUAUCCCAGGCACCUGGGUUUGCUCUGCAAUUUUUCCCAGGUGUCCAAUUGCAAUUGCUUUCAGUUUACCAAUGUCUAUACCUUCACUCUCGCAAAAUGAGAGCCCUGAGCGGCGUAGUUCAGCAGAUAUAAAAGAUUCCACAUUGACUUCCUGCCUCCAUGUGUGUGUGUCCAGAAGUUCACAUGUCACCCUCAUUAUUCAUUUAGACCCUAACCCGAAAACUAUGCGGUGUGAGACAGGAAUAGACGGUUUUUAUGUACUUAGCGUCGCCCUGGUGUUGAAUCAGAGGCCUAAACAUGUGGAGUAUGAGAACACUGGCUGCAAAUGGAAUAUAGAUGCUGGUACCUGUUUAAUUUCUUCCAACAGCUACCAAAGGGGGUUCUUAUGCAGCAAGAGACUUAGUACAUUGUUUUGCCUUCAUUCGACCAAAUUUUCUGUUUGGGUCUCUUCUUUUUGUUUUCUC